ACAAGUUACCGCCCCAUGACAACAAGCAAGAUGGCGGCGCGCAUCGGCGUCCUGCGGUUAAACUUAAACGCCCGGCGGAAGACUUUCUGCUCGGGGGUGAGAAGAUGUUCGGCGCUGUCAAACACUCCGGCUCGCGAGGGAUUUACGUCCCAACGCGUGCGAAGGACUUUCGUGGAUUUUUUCGAGCAGGACUAUGGACACAGGGUUGUUCCGUCCUCGCCGGUCCGGCCCAGAGGAGACCCGAGUCUGCUGUUCGUCAACGCGGGAAUGAACCAGUUUAAGCCCGUGUUGCUGGGCUGUGCUGACCCGCGCAGUGACAUGGCCUCUUACCGCCGGGUGGUGAACAGCCAGAAGUGUGUCCGCGCUGGAGGGAAACACAACGACCUGGAGGACGUGGGCAGGGACGUGUACCAUCACACCUUCUUCGAGAUGCUGGGGAACUGGUCGUUUGGGGAUUACUUCAAGGUGGAAGCGUGCACGAUGGCCUGGCGCCUGUUAACAGAAGUGUACGGGAUCCCGGCCGAGCGUCUCUACGUGUCCUAUUUUUCCGGCCACGAGGCGAGCGGACUGCCUGAGGACAAAGAGACGCGACAGAUCUGGCUUAGUCUCGGAAUUCACCCGGAUCGCAUCCUUCCGUUCGGAAUGAAGGAUAAUUUCUGGGAGAUGGGUGAGACAGGACCGUGCGGCCCGUGCACUGAGAUCCACUACGACCAUGUAGGAAAUCGGAACGCCGCCUCGCUCGUUAACAUGGACAGUCCGGAUGUGGUGGAGAUUUGGAAUUUGGUGUUCAUGCAGUACAACAGGGAGGGAGACGGAAGCCUGCGUCCUCUCCCCCAGUGCAGUGUGGAUACUGGAAUGGGACUGGAGAGACUCGUCACUGUACUUCAAGGGAAACGCUCCAACUACGACACAGACCUGUUCACACCGCUACUGUCUGCCAUCCAUAAGUGCAGCAAAGUCGCCGCCUACGCAGGGAAGACGGGCGAGGACGAUAGAGGGCGAGUGGACAUGGCGUACCGUGUGGUCGCUGAUCACAUUCGGACGCUCAGUGUGUGUAUCGCAGAUGGAGUGUAUCCCGGGAUGAGCGGAGCAGAACUGGUUUUGCGACGCAUACUGCGCCGAGCUGUGCGCUUCUCCACAGAAGUGCUGCAGGCCCCCGAGGGUGCGCUGGCAAGCCUGGUGCCCACCGUGACCCACAUCCUGGGUGACGCUUAUCCCGAGCUGCGUGCCGAAACUGGCAGGAUCAUGGAAAUCAUUAACGUGAACGAGGCGCAGUUUCUCUCCUCCCUCAAGCAGGGCAGGAGAGUGAUCGACAGGACGCUGAAUAAGAUGGACAGAAAGACUGAUUUUCCAGCUGCGGUGGCCUGGUCCCUGCACAGGAGCCUGGGUUUCCCUCUCGACCUCAUCGACCUCAUGCUGGAGGAGCGCAGCAUGACCGUGGACAAACCAGGACUGGAGCGGCUCGCGGCCGAACAUGAAAAGUUACAGAAUCAGGCUGAAGAGGGCGCUGAAGUUCGAGGACUCCAUUCGGACUUGCAGAGUCUUGCAGAGCUGCGAAGCGGAGGAAUCCCUCACACUGACGACUCUCCAAAAUACAGCUACGUCCUGCAGCGCGACGGCACCUACGCUUUCCCUCCAUGUAGAGCCUCGGUGUUGGCGCUGUAUACUGAUCAGGGUUUGGUGUCCGAGGUCGCAGAGGGUCAGCGGUGUUCGGUGCUUCUUGACCGGACCUGCUUCUACGCAGAGCAGGGUGGCCAGGAGCACGACACCGGCUACUUCACCAAGGACGGACUGCAGGAUGUGCUGUUCCCUGUGGAGUGUGUACGUGUGGCUGGAGGCUACGUGGUGCAUGAGGUCACUGCAGCUGACACUCUGAAAAUCGGAGACCACCUAGAGCUUCAUGUGGAUGAGGCUCAGCGUCUGGCCUGCAUGGUGAAGCACACGGCCACUCACGUGCUCAACUUUGCCCUGCGGGAUCUUCUGGGGUCAGAGGUCGUUCAGAGAGGCUCGCACGUCACUGCAGACCGUCUGCGCUUCGACUUCAGCUCUAAGGUGUCCCUGAGUGUCUCACAGCUGCAGGAAGUGGAGCAGAUGAUCCAGACCAUCAUCCAGCAGGAUGCCGUGGUGCACACACAGGAAGUGCCUUUAGCUCAAGCCAGUCAGAUUACAGGACUCAGAACUGUAGAUGAGGUGUAUCCUGACCCGGUCCGUGUCGUGUCUGUGGGGGUUUCUGUAUCAGAGCUACUCAGUGGUGACGCUCAUCAUCGCACCUCUGUGGAGCUCUGCUGUGGCACGCAUUUGCUGCGGACCGGAGGGAUCCAGGAUCUCGUGAUCGUGUCCGAGCGGCAGAUGGUGAAGGGAAUCAGUCGCAUCAUAGCCGUGACUGGAGACAGCGCCAAAAACGCUCGAGAGUCAGGGCAAGCACUGGUGGAGGAGGUGGACUCGCUGACGGCUCGCAUUACAGCUGGCCACGCCCCCUCACUUCCGGCCGCGCAUAGGCUCUCUAAAGAAGUCGGCCUCCUGACAGAUGCUGUGGAGGGCACUCCUAUCCCACAGUGGCAGAGAAGAGAGCUCCAGACUCGGCUAAAGGCGUUACAGAGGAGCACCAACACCAGCAUCCGCAAGCUGGAGCUUAAAGAGGCUGCAGCUAAGGCACAGGAACUGUUGACAAAACACUCUGAUAAAGCCGUGCUCGUGGACACGCUGGACACUGACUCCAUAUCUGUGGUGAUGAAGACUGUAAACCUGCUGAACGAGCACUCUCCACACACUCUGGUCAUGCUCCUCUCUCACCUUCAGCCAUCAGGAAGAGUUCUCUGUGCUUGUCAGGUGCCUAAGGGUCAGACCACCAUCUCCGCGAGCGAAUGGGCUUUGUCUGUUUGCAGCCGCUUGGGCGGGAACGCGGGCGGCUCGGCAACUGUCGCUAAAGGGGUCGGCAUGGCGACUGACUCUACCAGCCUUCUGGAUGCAUUGCGAUGGGCGGAGGAGUUUGCACAAGAGAAACCUUAACACACACACGUUGACAUUGUUUACUUUUUGUAAAACUCUUACUAUAUUUCGAGCGUGCUGCAUGCUGUCUAUAGGGACAAAGUCUCAUCAAUGGCAGGGGUGGUGUGGGGAAGUUACUGUUUACACACUGAAGAUGAUUAUCAGUGUCACAGCAAUGUACCGGCCAUUAACAUUUUUCUUUAAUUAAUACCCAUUAACACCCAUGCCUUUUCCAUUCAUUCAUAGUCAAUGUAACGCCCAGAAAGCAAGAUAGUUCCUGCUUGUUACCUUCCAGAGAAACCUGUCUGUCCUGAAGACAUUGUUGUGGCUGAAAAAGCUCAGUGACCGUUAAAAAGCACCGACACUGGUGACUCCCUCCAUAAAUGCUAAACAGACUAUAUAUGGCGUGUCUUCACAGAAGUGAUGGAACGCAUUAACAUAAAACCUACAUUUCACAUUGCAGCCAAAACUACUAUCAGACCUGCUGUUGUAAAAAAUGACCAAUCAGAAUGGAGAAUUCAACACCGCUGUGGUAUAAACAUUAUUGACGCAGAUCAUGGAAAAUAAACUGUUUGACAUUAUGCCUUUGUUUUAAAAGGCCAGCACUAUCUUUUCUUAGGGCUUUUAUUAGGUGUAUACAGCUUAUGGGUAUCUAUUAAAUUAUUUUCCUGAUCUCCUUGA